AUUCAUGUUGCCCUGAUUAUAAAACCUGAUAAUUUCUGGCAGAAGCAGAAGACAAACUUUGGCAGUUCCAAGUUCAUCUUUGAGACAAGUAUGGUAUCUGUUGAAGGCCUGGCAAAACUCGUUGAUCCUUCUCAACUGACGGAUGAGUUUGAAGGAUCCUUGGAUUACAACCACGAUGAAUGGAUAGAGUUGCGUGUCUCCUUGGAAGAGUUUUUCAACAGUGCCAUCCAUUUAUUAUCAAGGCUGGAGGAUCUCCAGGAAAUGUUGGCUAGGAAGGAGUUUCCGGUUGAUGUUGAGGGCUCAAGAAGGCUGAUUGAUGAGCACACGCAGCUUAAGAAAAAAGUGAUUAAAGCUCCUGUGGAAGAACUGGAUCGUGAGGGUCAGAGGUUGUUACAAUGCAUAAGAUGCAGUGAUGGUUUUUCCGGUAGGAACUGCAUUCCUGGAAGUGCAGAUUUUCAAAGUCUUGUGCCAAAGAUCACCAGCCUUUUAGACAAGCUGCAUUCUACCCGGCAACACUUACAUCAGAUGUGGCAUGUCCGCAAGUUGAAACUGGACCAGUGCUUUCAACUCCGGCUUUUUGAGCAAGAUGCUGAGAAGAUGUUCGACUGGAUCAGCCACAACAAAGAAUUGUUCCUGCAGAGCCACACGGAGAUCGGCGUGAGCUACCAACAUGCCCUUGACCUGCAGACGCAGCACAAUCACUUUGCCAUGAAUUCCAUGAAUGCCUAUGUCAACAUCAAUCGGAUCAUGUCCGUUGCAUCGCGGCUUUCCGAGGCAGGCCAUUAUGCUUCCCAGCAAAUUAAACAAAUAUCAAGCCAGCUGGAUCAAGAGUGGAAGAGUUUUGCUGCAGCUCUGGAUGAGCGCAGCACCAUCUUAGCCAUGUCUGCUGUCUUUCACCAGAAAGCUGAACAGUUCCUUUCAGGUGUGGAUGCCUGGUGCAAAAUGUGCAGUGAAGGAGGCCUCCCCUCAGAAAUGCAAGACCUGGAACUGGCCAUCCAUCAUCAUCAGACUCUGUAUGAACAAGUAACACAGGCCUACACAGAGGUAUGUGCUUCCCAGAGAAGAAUGUCAGUAUCUGUUAAGUGAUAACAGAUAUUUGACUACAUUUUGGAGUUUAGCUUUUCU